CGUCAUAAGCCCCGCCCCCGCAGGUUGAUGGCAGCGGCAGCUGGGACUGCAGCGACGCGGGGCCGGGGAGAGCCGCAAGCAGCGGCCCGAGCGCGCAGAGGAACACCCGGGCCCCAGACGCCGCGGACACCCGGAGAGGCAGUUCCGGCGUCCUGACUCCCUCGGCCCCCAGCGCACCCCUAGACCCCUCUGCAGUGGAGUCGCAGCGUGAGCGUCCCUCGGCCCACUCAGGACCAGUUCACAGGACUAAGGACCAAAGGCAUUCCCAGAACUGAGAUCCUCCAUUUCUACCCACAGCCAUGAGCCGGCGUGUCGUUCGGCAGAGCAAGUUCCGCCAUGUGUUUGGGCAGGCGGCAAAGGCUGACCAAUCCUACGAGGAUAUCCGUGUGUCCAAGGUCACAUGGGACAGCUCCUUCUGUGCCGUCAACCCCAAAUUCCUGGCCAUUAUUGUGGAGGCAGGAGGUGGAGGUGCCUUCAUUGUCCUGCCUCUGGCCAAGACAGGACGAGUGGAUAAGAACUACCCGCUGGUCACCGGGCACACUGCCCCCGUGCUGGACAUCGACUGGUGCCCACACAAUGACAACGUCAUUGCCAGUGCCUCAGAUGACACCACGGUCAUGGUGUGGCAGGUUCCAGACUACACCCCAGUGCGCAACAUUACAGAACCCAUCAUUACACUUGAGGGACACUCCAAACGUGUGGGCAUCCUCUCCUGGCACCCCACCGCGCGGAAUGUCCUGCUCAGUGCAGGUGGUGACAAUGUGAUCAUCAUUUGGAAUGUGGGCACGGGGGAGGUGCUCCUGAGUCUAGACGACAUGCACCCAGAUGUCAUCCACAGCGUGUGCUGGAACAGCAACGGCAGCCUGCUAGCCACCACCUGCAAGGACAAGACCCUGCGCAUUAUCGACCCCCGCAAGGGCCAGGUGGUGGCGGAGCGAGCCCGGCCUCACGAGGGCGCCCGCCCGCUGCGGGCCGUCUUCACGGCGGACGGGAAGCUACUCAGCACCGGCUUCAGCAGGAUGAGUGAGCGGCAACUCGCGCUCUGGGACCCGGAGAGGUUUGCGGCCCACGAGGGAAUGAGGCCCAUGCGGGCCGUCUUCACGCGCCAGGGUCAUAUCUUCACCACAGGCUUCACCCGCAUGAGCCAGCGAGAGCUGGGCCUGUGGGACCCGAACAACUUUGAGGAACCAGUAGCGCUGCAGGAGAUGGACACAAGCAACGGGGUCCUACUGCCCUUCUACGACCCUGACUCCAGCAUCGUCUACCUAUGCGGCAAGGGCGACAGCAGCAUUCGGUACUUUGAGAUUACCGACGAACCACCUUUCGUGCAUUACCUGAACACGUUCAGCAGCAAGGAACCUCAGAGGGGCAUGGGUUUCAUGCCUAAGCGAGGGCUGGAUGUCAGCAAGUGUGAGAUCGCCCGGUUCUACAAGUUGCACGAAAGAAAAUGUGAGCCCAUCAUCAUGACUGUGCCCCGCAAGUCAGACCUGUUUCAGGACGACCUGUACCCAGAUACUCCGGGCCCUGAGCCGGCCCUAGAAGCGGACGAAUGGCUAUCCGGCCAGGACGCCGAACCCGUGCUCAUCUCGCUGAGGGACGGUUACGUGCCUCCCAAGCACCGCGAGCUCCGGGUCACCAAGCGCAAUAUACUGGACGUGCGCCCUCCCUCCGGUCCCCGCCGCAGCCAGUCGGCCAGCGACGCCCCCUUGUCGCAGCACACUCUGGAGACGCUGCUGGAUGAGAUCAAGGCCCUUCGCGAGCAGGUGCAGGCCCAGGAGCAGCGCAUCACGGCUCUGGAGAACAUGCUGUGCGAGCUGGUGGACGGCACGGACUAGCGCGGCGCGCUGGGGGCAGCUCCAAGCCUGGGGAGCAAAGCCGGGCGGGGAGCAGGACUCGGCCCCGCCCCGGCUUUCUGUCCGGAACCCCGGACCCCGCCCCUCUGGGCAGGGUCCGGGGGCUGGACUGGGAAGGGAACUCCAUCCCCUCGCGGGAGUCCGGGACAAACGGAGCGUCGCCGAGACUCCCGUCUGCCUGGCACCCGCCUGGCUACGUGCCUCGUCCGGGACUCAGCAGGAGCUGGCCUUGGGAGGCCCGGGGUGACGGGGACCUCAGCAACGGUGCUGCACGGCGAGGCGGUGUCCCUUCUGUCUCCCGCCUAGGGCAGGGGAAGUGCUUAGUAUUAGCGCUAUUCUUGGGGAUAUCGGGGAGCUUGGGCUUGACCUCAAAGGGGUAGGCGUGCAACGGGUCUCGCCAGAACAAAUGGGGAAAGUUAUAACGCUCUAAUCGGCUCACUUGAUGCCACUAUCCGAAGUGGUAAAACGGAUGGGCGCCACCCCAGAUCUACAGACCUACACAACCCAUUGGCCGCAGGGCCGAACCCACCAGUUACACCCAGCAGUCUGUGGCAGAGGGCUGUCUUCCUUCUUUUCACCCGCAGGGGAGAGGGCGGCUUCCGCAUUGCACCCCCACCAGAGAACCAGAAAACUGGCAUGGAAGCAGGUUCACACCCCUCUUCCUGUACCCCCCACAACUGCCCCCAGCCCUCUGAUGCCUCGGCUCUAGGAGGAAAACAAGAUUUACUGAAUGAAAUAUUUUACUAAGUGCUCGGUCUGUGCCUCCUGCCUGCGUGGGGGUGAGGGGGCCAAGACCCACGGCCUCUGCAAAUGCUAUAUCCCCAGGCUUGUGGGGGUGCUGACAAAGGCUCAAGACCCACCAGGCAUUCUUUUACCUCAGAGCCUUCCCCACCCUGAGGUUCAGAAGGAACCCCUCCCCCAACCCAUAGGUGGGUGUUCUUCCCCCAGUAAAGCCAGCUAGGAAAA